AUGAUACUGGAAGACCUUCGCAUCGAUGCUUCCUACAUGAAAUGCCACAGGGCCAAAGAGCAAGCUGUGGAUAACACUGUUGGGAAUGCUGAGGAUUCAUUCCUCAACCUCGCCUCCUAUUUUGAGAGGCUCAAAGCAACCAACCCAGGCACGGUUACUGCAAUCGAAACCGAGUCCGACAUAGAAGGCAACACACGUUUCCUCUAUGGCUUCCUGGCCUUUGGUGCUUCGAUACAGGGGUUUCGCCGGCUACGCAAGGUUCUUAUUAUUGAUGGGACACACCUUUCCAGGAAAUAUAAGGGGGUAUUACUCCCGGCCAGUGGUCAAUACGCUAACUUCCAAGUAUUCCCUCUUGCUUUUGCUGUCGUUGAUGGCGAAACCGAACAUGCCUCGACCUGGUUUCUCACCAAACUUGAACGGAUCAUUGCGGACUCAAAUACACUAUCCAUCAUCUCAGAUUGUCACUCCUCUAUCGUCAAAGCCAAGCUUGCAGUCUUUCCAAAGGCACAUCAUGGAGCUUGCAUAGUCCACUUAAUGCGUAACGUUAUCUCAUGGUACAAAAACAAAAGUCUUGCAAAGAUGGUGUGUGAGGCUGCAUUCUCUUAUCGGCGCAAAGAUUUUGAUCUAAACUUUGCAAAAAUCAGGCAGGCGAAUGGGGAAUGCACCAACUACCUAGAAGGGAUUGGGACUUCAAAGUGGUCUAGGACUUACUUCCUAGGAGAUCGUUACAACCUUCUAACCAGCAACACCGUAGAGCAGCUCAACAACGCUCUAACUAGAUCCAGGUUUUCACCCAUAAUUGAGUUAUUCAUGUUCAUCCAACGCAUGUUGACUCGCUGGUUCUCUGCUAGAAGGACCAAAUCAGCCAAGUGUCGUGGGUUUGUAACACCAGAGGUUGAGAAGGUUAUGUAG